GCUCAUUAGCGCAUGCGCACUAACCUGUCGUAAACAUUGUAGUAUUGCUGUCAGAUACUAAAUGCAUUUUCACAAUAUAGCUGGCUAGUGCGAAGUACCGGUGGGGUUUGAGGAAAGAGUCGUUAGCUACAGUUAAUUAACUAACAAAAUGGCGAUAUGUCAUGUUGAAUAGGUAGUCGAGGAGUUGGUGUCAUUAUUCGCCGACUGAGUCGACGAUAAGGCUGCACAUUGUAACGGAAGUGGCUAACGUUGCUAAGUUUGAGUAAUUAGCUAGGUAGCUGGCUAGCUGGUUAAAGAAAGGGCCGCGGACCCGGUCCCUCAUUUCAAAUUAGCCAUCUGGUUAGAUGUUUCGGUUAAGAUUGUGUUUUUAUUAUCAGACUCCACACGUUAUAUUGAUGUGAAGAGGACAGUCCGCUGUCGUUCAAGAUGGAGGCCGCCGAAGAAGCUGAUAUAUGCAGGGUGUGCCGGUCUGAAGCGACCCACGACAAGCCCCUCUACCACCCAUGCGUCUGCACUGGCAGCAUUAAGUUUAUCCACCAAGAAUGCUUGGUCCAGUGGCUGAAACACAGCAGGAAAGAGUACUGCGAAUUAUGCAAGCACCGCUUUGCUUUCACGCCCAUUUAUUCCCCAGACAUGCCUUCCCGGCUCCCAGUCCAGGACAUCUUCGCUGGACUCGUGACCAGUAUCGGCACGGCUAUCCGGUACUGGUUCCACUACACGCUGGUGGCCUUCGCCUGGCUGGGUGUGGUUCCCCUUACAGCCUGUCGCAUCUACAAGUGCUUGUUUACUGGCUCUGUGAGCUCUCUCCUGACCCUGCCGCUGGACAUGCUGUCCACGGAGAACCUGCUGGCCGACUGCCUGCAGGGCUGCUUUGUGGUCACGUGCACGCUGUGCGCCUUCAUCAGCCUUGUGUGGCUGCGGGAGCAGAUCGUCCACGGCGGCGCCCCCCAGUGGCUGGAGCAGAAUCAGCAGCAGGCUCAUAACGUGGCAGGGCCGGCCAAUGAGGCCCCCGGUGCUGGGCACAGGCCUGCCGAGAACCAGCCCGCCCCGGCGCCUGUUGACCCCCCGGCCGAGAACGUGGCGGCUGCUGGGGUCCCUGCAGCCCCCGACGUCCCAGGGGAUCCCGCAGAGGAGCUGGAAGCGGACGACGAAGUCGAAGCAGCAGCCGAGGACGCCGCUGAUGGCAACAACGGCGCACAAGAUGACAUGAACUGGAAUGCACUGGAGUGGGACAGGGCGGCUGAGGAGCUGACGUGGGAGAGGAUGCUGGGACUGGAUGGUUCCUUGGUCUUCCUGGAGCACGUCUUCUGGGUGGUGUCCCUGAACACGCUCUUCAUCCUGGUGUUCGCUUUCUGCCCCUAUCACAUCGGGCACUUCUCCGUGGUGGGACUGGGAUUCGAGGACUACGUGAAAGCCUCGCACUUCGAAGGCCUGAUCACCACCAUCGUGGGCUACGUCCUCCUGGCCGUCACCUUGAUCGUCUGCCACGGCUUGGCCGCGGUUGUGCGCUUCCAGCGAUCCCGCCGGUUGCUGGGGGUGUGUUAUAUCGUGGUGAAGGUCUCCUUGCUGGUCGUCGUGGAGAUUGGCGUCUUCCCGCUCAUCUGCGGGUGGUGGCUGGACAUCUGCUCCCUGGAGAUGUUCGACGCCUCUCUGAAGGACAGAGAGAUGAGCUUCACCUCUGCUCCUGGGACGACCAUGUUCCUGCACUGGCUCGUCGGCAUGGUCUAUGUCUUCUACUUCGCAUCUUUUAUUCUCUUACUGCGAGAGGUGCUGCGCCCUGGCGUCCUGUGGUUUCUGAGAAACCUGAACGAUCCCGAUUUUAACCCGGUGCAGGAAAUGAUCCACCUGCCAAUAUACAGACACCUGCGCAGAUUCAUUUUAUCAGUGGUCGUGUUUGGGUCCAUCGUCCUCCUGAUGUUAUGGCUGCCCAUUCGAAUAAUCAAGCAAGUUUUACCGAGCUUUCUGCCGUACAACGUGAUGCUCUACAGCGACGCCCCCGUCAGCGAGCUGUCCCUGGAGCUGCUGCUGCUGCAGGUGGUGCUUCCCGCGCUGCUGGAGCAGGGCCACACGCGGCAGUGGCUGAAGGGCCUGGUGCGCGCCUGGACCGUCACCGCCGGAUACCUGCUGGACCUGCACUCCUACCUCCUGGGAGAUCAGGAGGAGAAUGAGAACAAUGGGAACCAGCAGGCUCGUAACAACAACAACAACGGCGCCGCCCCGGUGGUGGGCGAGGGGUUGCACGCCGCCCACCAGGCCAUCCUGCAGCAGGGCGGCCCCGUCGGCUUCCAGCCCUACCACCGGCCCAUCCGGUUCCCCUUCAGGAUCGUACUGCUCAUCCUCUUCAUGUGUCUGACUCUUCUGCUGGCGAGUCUGCUCUGCCUCACGCUGCCCGUGUUUACGGGCCGCUGGCUGAUGUCAUUCUGGACGGGAAGCGCGAAGAUCCACGAGCUGUACACGGCGGCGUGCGGCCUGUACGUGUGCUGGCUGAGCGUGCGCGCCAUCACCGUCAUGCUGGCCUGGAUGCCCCAGGGCCGCAGGGUCAUCCUGCUCAAGGUGCACGAGUGGAUGCUCAUGAUCAUCAAGACACUGGUAGUCGCCAUCCUGCUGGCUGGGGUUAUCCCCCUGCUGCUGGGGCUGUUGUUUGAGCUGGUCAUCGUGGCCCCCCUCCGCGUCCCCUUGGAUCAGACGCCUCUCUUCUACCCCUGGCAGGACUGGGCCCUUGGAGUUCUGCACGCCAAAAUCAUAGCGGCCGUCACUCUUAUGGGUCCCCAGUGGUGGCUCAAGACCGUGAUCGAGCAGGUGUACGCUAACGGGAUUCGCAACAUCGACCUGCAUUUCAUCAUCCGCAAACUGGCUGCCCCCGUCAUCGCCGUCCUGCUGCUGUCCCUCUGCGUGCCCUACGUCAUCGCCGCCGGGAUUGUCCCCGCUGUCGGCGUCGCCAAGGAGAUGCAGAACCUGGUCCAGCGCCGGAUCUACCCCUUCCUGCUCAUGGUGGUGGUGCUGAUGGGAAUCCUCUACUUUCAAAUCCGCCAGUUCAAACGCCUUUACGAGCAUAUCAAGAACGACAAGUACCUGGUUGGCCAGCGGCUGGUGAAUUACGAACGCAAAUCUGGCAAAGCGAUCUCAUCUCCUCCCAGCAGUCCCCCACAGGAGUAGCUCCCACUUGACUGUCUUUGUGGGGGGACACUUGCCCUUGUUGUCUCGUUUUGCAUCAGAAUUACAAAGCCUGCUCCCCAACCACCCCCCCCCCCGUCC